GUACGAUGAAAUAACAAAAAAAGAUCAGGUAAUUGAAAAAAAAUAAUAAUAGAAAAAUUAAUCGACGAGUGAUUUAAGUAAUAUAAAUAUUAAAGGAAGACUCCUUAGAUUCAUGGGUGAACACAAAUGAAUAUUUAUUGUCUAAGUUACAUAUUCCAACAAGUUUAAGUUCUCAAGCUCCUGGAUCGAUGUUAGAAAUUCUCUUAGGAAUGUGAAUAAAAUUAAGCUUUCUUCUUUAUUAUAAUAAUUAUUGAGAUGGAGAAUAGAGGUUGAAAGAGGAUGUUUUGGAUCCAUUAAUAAAUUCUGUUACG